GGUGGGGAUAAAAUCAUGGGGCUGAAAAUUAGGAAUUUCUUCUUCGCUGUGUUAACAAUGUAUUUACUAUCGUCUGCUGCAGGAGCAGUGUCAGAAACAGAUUGUUCAACUAACGAUGAUUGCAAAGACAUUGAUCACGCUGAAUGUGACGGUGAAACUACAAAAUGCAAAUGUUCAGAUGGUUUUAGAGAGGACGGCGAUACAUGUGUCAAAAGAAAAGUGUCGGAAACAGAUUGCACUAAUGGAGCAUGCACAGACAUGGAUCACGCUGAAUGUGACAGUGGAACCGCAAAAUGCAAAUGUUCAGAUGGUUAUAAAGAAGAUUCUACUGAUGGCACCACGUGUGUCAAAGGAGCAGUGUCAGAAACAGAUUGUUCAACUAACGAUGAUUGCAAAGACAUUGAUCACGCUGAAUGUGACGGUGAAACUACAAAAUGCAAAUGUUCAGAUGGUUUUAGAGAGGACGGCGAUACAUGUGUCAAAAAAAAAGUGUCGGAAACAGAUUGCACAAAUGGAGCAUGCACAGACAUGGAUCACGCUGAAUGUGACAGUGGAACCACAAAAUGCAAAUGUUCAGAUGGUUAUAAAGAAGAUUCUACUGAUGGCACCACGUGUGUCAAAGGAACAGUGUCGGAUAAAGGUUGUUCAACUAACGAUGAUUGCAAAGACAUUGAUCACGCUGAAUGUGACGGUGAAACUACAAAAUGCAAAUGUUCAGAUGGUUUUAGAGAGGACGGCGAUACAUGUGUCAAAAGAAAAGUAUCGGAAACAGAUUGCACAAAUGGAGAAUGCACAGGCAUAGAUAAUGCUGAAUGUGACAGUGGAACUACAACAUGCCAAUGUUCAGGUGGAUAUAAAGAAGAUUCUACUGACGGUAGCACUUGUGUCAAAGCUGUUAGUGAUACAACAUGCUCAGAAAACGGAGAUGAAUGUGGCGGUAUCGAUAACUCUCAUUGUGACAAUGGCAAAUGUGAAUGUGACGCUGGUUAUGUCAUGAAUAUUGAUGUAUGUACCGCAGAAAAUGCAACUACAGCCAUACAGUUAGGGAAUUUUACGGUUCUUCUUUGUGCAUUGGCAACACUUAUACAGCAAUUCUGAUUUUGACGCAACAGGAAAGCCUAAAUUCGUCUUUGUGUGUGUGAUGGACAUUUUAUUUAUUCCUUCUUCUUCACAUUUUUAUAUACUACCUUUUAUGAAAUCAAAAUAGAAUUGACAUUUAAUGAAAACCUUGAUUUAUUUAAAUAGAAAGGUGCAUACACAUGAGUAAAGAAAGGGAACUACCUGUACUGUAUUCUACAGAGUCAUAAUAAGUUUUUUUCGGAUUUUAUUCAGUAUCUGUAUCUAUUUCCUUUAAUAUUGCCUUUUCGCUUUUGUUUUAUGUUUUUGUGUUAACAGAUUUACAAUUUACCAUAGUCAACUGUUUAAUUCUUGAAUGAAAGAAUAUGAUUGUAUGUAUGAAAUCAUUUUGCUUGUAGAUUUUGAGACAUCGUAUUUAUGGUACGCCAAAUUGGUGUUUUCAUCUAUUUAAGCAAAAUGGGCUAUUACUCGGUGAAAAUAGUGUCGUAUGUCAUAUUCAAAGACAGACGUAGUGCAAUUGGCAAAAUAAUUGAAAUUACAUGAAUCCUAAUGAAUUUAAAUGCGAAGACAAGUAAUGUAUAUAAACAUCAAUAUUAACGCCUCAGAUUUUUCAAUAUCCGUUAAUGCAUAAAAAUGAUAUAACUCAUAUUUCAUUGACAUAAAAUAAACAGUGUUUCGGUAUCUACCAGUUUUUUAUAAACUGUGAACAGCUUUAAAUGAACCACACAUUGUUGACAAGAUACUAUUUCAGACGAACGCCAUGUGAUUACGUACAAACACUUUUUUCAUUCAAGAAUAUUUAAUUCAGAAAUUCCUUAACAA